GCUAAUGAUUUUGAAAAAUUACUUAAAACAGAAGAGUUAACAAUAAUAAUUAUAAAUGAAAAAUCAAAAUGUUGGAAAGAAAAUAAUCUGCUGAAGAGAAAGAAGUGAGGUAUAUGAGUUUGGUCAUUACUUUAUUUAAUUUUAAAAUGAUUAAAAAAAAUGUUGGAAUUAAUGUACAUACAUAUGUAGUCUGUAAUUUAUACUGCUUUUUUUUUUAUUAUACUAUUAGCCUAUAUUUGCAUAUGUAUUUUCUUUAUGUAAAUAAAAUACUUAUUUAGC